AUCCAUUGCCACGUGUUGACAUAUCUAUGCUGGCAAGCGACCAUAUAUAAGAGUCACCACCCAUGCUAUGCGUCCGUCCUUCUCAUGCAUCUAUUCGCUCACUCACUGUCUCAUUACUAUGCUUUUCAGCACAUCCAUCGCCUUGGCUGCCUCCCGCACCCCACUCUCAUACGCACCAUGCACCGUCGCAUAAUGCCGCCUGUUGGUGGCCUCGCCAGCAAACAACACUUUGUUCCCCCUCUCGCCCACCGCCCUGCCCAGCACGUCGCACACGCACCCGCCCUGCCCCUCCCAUCUCACACUCAGAUACGAGUAAGACCCGCGAAAGCACUCAUCCUCACCCCACUGUGUGCACAGCAGGGACACACUCUUAGCUCCAUCCCCUGGUGUCCACUCGUCGCCUGUGGCCUUGCUGAACGCCCUGCAGUACUCGUGCAUGACGUCAGUCGGCUGUCGCACCGCUCUCUUUUCGAGCUGUGACGCACAAGGGCCGACCAGCCAGGAUGUCAUCAGCAGCGACGUCGAGGGCACGGCGGGCAGGAUGGGGUCAAAUGCAUAGAUGCCGGCCGUCCAGUCGUCACCUUGGGAGCCGCCAUCAGCACGAGGCAAUGGCCGUGUCCAGUUGAUGCGCCGCGCGUGAGAGGGCGAGUGGCCAUCGACGGAGGAAGGAGAGCAGCGGACGAAUAGCUUGUCGACCACGCCGAUCCCUCCCGCUUCGAUGGCCCGCCGCUUCCACUCGGGCAAGGGCGGGUCGAAGAGCGAGCUGUGGGCGGCCUUGAGCACGCCCAGACCCACCGUCACAAUCACCACACGGCACUUGAUGACCACACGGUGGCCCGCUUCUUCGUCUUGAUCUCGCCCGUCGUCUGUCUGCUCUGUCGUCUCUCCCUCUCUCGGCACACACCAGUAAGGCGGCGAUGGCUCACAUUGCCUUAGCGCCUCAACGACACAGCCGCCGCCUUCAUCGGCGUCAUACCGGAUGCGUGUUACCCCUGUGCCGAGUAACACAUUGGAUUGGUCGAUGUCGAUGUCGUCGAAGAUCCGCUGUGCGAGUGUCUGCAUGCCGCCCCACACUCGCACGUUAGGCCCUGACAGAUCCUCGAAGGUGGCGUAGUGGUGGGCGGAUAUGUCGGCGAGUGGGUUGCCCUCAAUGGCCUCCUGCAGCCUCGAGAACCACCCAAUCACGCCGGCGCUGGCAGGGUCCUUCUGCAAAAUCUGACAUACACACAGACAGACACCAAUGCCGCAUGAGCAUAUGCCGUGUCAGCCAGUUUUCCCUUCGCUUGCUUGUCUUCUCACCUCUUGAUUGUAUGUCUGAGCCGCAUCCUCCAGGCUCAGGUCUGCCGGCAGGGCGGCAGCUCGCUUAGCGUCACUCGCCUCGUCGCUGAGCCGCUGCCACACCUUGUUCACCAACUCGACUCGCUGCAAAUGACAAGACACACACGUAUACACACACGAGUAUGAUAUUCCAUCAAUGAAUGCUCCUCACCUGAUGUGGUUCCGCUUCGCCCUCCUCGUUGCGGAACUCUGCCUUGCCGUGCGCACGAAAGAAGCGGCCUGGACCGGCUGAACAAAAGGGCCAUCCGCGUCAAUGGAUGGCGUUGCCCUCCCCAUCCCGCCAAGCCUGCCUGUUACUGACCUGCAGCAGCGUUCCGAGCAUUUGGCGGCUUGAGCAGGUCAUAUGUCUUUGCAAAGUCAUACAGAGGGUUGCCUUCUGUGCCGUGCAGCCACUGAGCGCCGCACUCUAGCAUCUCGCCUGCACACAGACGACCAGACCAGUGAGUGCUAGAGCGACGUGUGUGUGGAUACAUACUCUUCAGCAGCAGUACCUGUGUCGAGCUGCAUGGUGCAUGCCCGUCCUCCCACGCGUCCCUUGGCCUCGAUGGCGAUGACAUUCACACCCUCACUCCGGAGAUGCCGCACAGCAGCUAUGCCGGCGAAGCCGAGGCCAAUCACACAGACAUCGCACGAAAGAUCCAUGGAUUUUAGAGCAGAACGCAGCAUGCUUGCAGCCCAAUGGGCGAGCAGAUCUCCUUUCCGCGGUUUCAGCCGAAUCUCC